CGGGGUCAGAGGAAGAGAAAGGGCCUAGAAGAGUGUGGCGGAGAGCGCCGCGGCUGCCAGCGGCGUCCUCUCUCCGUCCCCUGCUUUUUGCUGCUUGCUCGCGGAGAAUGACUUGGCACUGCUGAAUCCCGCUCCGCUGACUCCUCGCUUCCGGGUUUUGGCGCAAGGCAAGCUGCCUUCUCCGUGCAGGGAGGGAGGAGCGCUCGGGAGCUGUCGGGUGAGGGCGAGACUGCACAGCCGAGGCGAGGCGGUAGAGGAGGGGACCCUCAAGCUGCCAAGAGCGGCUCCUCCUCCUGCUGGAGUGCCUCUCGGCCAGCCUUCGCCUACGAGCAGGGAGAGCCGGCGACGCCACACUCUUUCCCUCUAAGGCGCGAGGAGGCGGAGCUGCUCUCUUCAGGCUCCUCUUCUAUCUAUCCAUCUAUCCACCCAUCCACCUCAAGCGCCUGCAUCCUGCUGCUGCUGCGCCUGGAGCUCACCCCUCAGCGCUGUGUGUCGCCGAGCCCAGACCUGAUGUGGAUGCCUUUUGAAUUUAUCGUCUCUUCUCAUGUGGAGAACACACUGUGAAAUGGAAUAAUGCUGAGAAACGUUUGGCUCCCUCUUUGUCUGGAAGUCUGAUAGGAGAUUAAUGUGGUCUUAACCGUGACAGAGGACUGCCAGAAUCUAUCUGCAGUGAUGAGUUCAGAGGAAAAGGGUAUAUCUCCUGCUCACAAAACCUCUACACCAUCUCAUAAAAGUGCCUCUUCAUCAUCUUCCCAGCGGGACAGUAGACAGAGUGGCCAUGUAUUAGAGCGGAAUAUUUCUUCUGGAAGCACAGACCCAGUAAUGGGCAAGCAGUUGCUCGAAAAUGAACCAGUUGCUGUAUCUAAAGAGCCAGACAGUUGGGAAAUCAUAGAAGGCUUGAAAAUUGGCCAGACUAAUGUUCAGAAGCCAGACAAACAUGAAGGAUUCAUGCUGAAGAAAAGGAAAUGGCCUUUAAAAGGCUGGCACAAGCGCUUUUUUGUCCUGGAUAAUGGAAUGUUGAAAUAUUCAAAGUCACCAAUUGAUACUCAGAAAGGAAAGGUUCAUGGGAGCAUAGAUGUUGGUUUAUCCGUUAUGUCAAUUAAAAAGAAAGCUCGUAGGAUAGACCUUGACACUGAAGAGCACAUCUACCAUUUGAAAGUAAAAUCCCAGGAUUCAUUUGAUGCUUGGGUAUCAAAACUGCGCCACCACAGACUGUACCGUCAGAAUGAGAUUGUCCGAUCACCACGAGAUGCCAGCUUCCACAUAUUUCCUUCAACUUCGGCCACCGAGUCUUCACCAGCUACUAAUACUGCCAUGUUGGAUGGAAAGGCCCCACAGAAUAGUUUUCCAUGGCAAUCAUCUAUCCCCUGUAGUAACAGCCUUCCAGCAACACGCACCACUGGCCAAAGUAAAGUUGUAGCUUGGUUGCAGGACUCAGAGGAGAUGGACAGGUGUGCAGAAGAUCUUACACACUGCCAGUCAAACCUUGUGGAACUUAGUAAAAUUCUUCAGAACUUAGAAAUACUCCAGAGAACUCAGUCAGCUCCAAACUUCACAGAUAUGCAGGCUAACUGUGUAGAUAUUUCAAAGAAAGACAAGCGUGUCACAAGAAGAUGGAGAACAAAAAGUGUCAGCAAAGAUACUAAAAUACAGCUUCAGGAAGGGACAGCGCUGAAGGGCCAAUUCAGUACCGCACGGCGCCGGCAGAGACUAGCAGCAGCAGUGGCUACAACAGUUCCUUUCAGUGCUACAAUGUCUCCUGUUCGGCUCCAUUCAUCCAAUCCCAACCUUUGUGCAGACAUCGAAUUUCAGACGCCUCCAAGCCACGUAUCUGACCCCCUGGAAAGCUCCACAGACUACAUAAAACUCCAAGAAGAGUUUUGCCUCAUGGCACAGAAAGUGCAUUCUCUUCUGAAAUCUGCCUUCAACAGUAUAGCGAUAGAGAAAGAGAAGCUUAAGCAGAUGGUUUCAGAACAAGAUUUCAUGGGACACAACACACAGAUGACACGUCUCAGGCAAUCACUUUCUCAGGCUCUCAACCAGAAUGCUGAACUAAGGAGUCGCUUGAACAGAAUACAUUCAGAGUCUGUUAUUUGUGAUCAGGUUGUCAGUGUAAAUAUUAUCCCUAGUCCUGAUGAGACAGGUGAACAGAUCCAUGUGAACCUACCACUUUCCCAGCAAGUUUCCAAUGAGAGCCGGCUCUCAAUGUCUGAAUCUGUCUCUGAAUUCUUUGAUGCACAAGAGGUGCUUCUGUCAGCCAGCUCAUCAGAAAAUGAGGCUUCUGACGAUGAAUCAUACAUCAGUGAUGUGAGUGAUAACAUAUCUGAGGACAACACCAGUGUAGCAGACAACAUAUCUCGGCAAAUACUUAAUGGAGAACUAACAGGAGGUGCUUUCAGAAAUGGACGACGGACGUGUCUCCCAUGUGCCUGUCCUGAUACUAGUAACAUCAAUCUGUGGAAUAUUUUGAGAAAUAAUAUUGGGAAGGAUCUCUCCAAAGUAUCCAUGCCUGUAGAGCUAAAUGAGCCUCUGAAUACUUUGCAACACCUUUGUGAAGAACUAGAAUAUAGCGAACUCUUGGACAAGGCUGCUGAUUCUGAUGACCCCUACGAACGCAUGGUCCUUAUAGCUGCCUUUGCAACUUCAGGAUAUGCCUCCACGUAUUACAGAGCUGGAAGCAAGCCUUUUAAUCCUGUGCUUGGUGAGACUUAUGAGUCUAUUAGGGCAGAUAAAGGAUUUCGAUUCUUCUCAGAGCAGGUUAGCCACCACCCACCCAUUUCUGCCUGUCACUGUGAAUCAAAGAAUUUUGUGUUUUGGCAAGAUAUCAGGUGGAAAAACAAAUUUUGGGGCAAAUCCAUGGAAAUCCUGCCAAUUGGAGCUCUGAAUGUGACACUUCCAAAGUAUGGUGAUUGCUAUGUUUGGAACAAAGUCACUACUUGCAUACACAACAUUCUUAGUGGAAGGCGAUGGAUAGAACAUUAUGGAGAAAUAACCAUCAGAAAUACAAAAAGCAGUGUCUGUAUUUGUAAGCUCACAUUUGUCAAGGUGAAUUAUUGGAAUUCUAAUGUAAAUGAAAUUCAAGGAGUUGUCAUGGACCAAGAAGGAAAGGUGGUGCAUCGCCUCUUUGGAAAGUGGCAUGAAGGCCUGUACUGUGGAGUUGCACCUUCAGCAAAAUGUAUAUGGAGGCCAGGUUCCAUGCCAACCAACUACGAACGCUAUUAUGGCUUUACAAGGUUUGCCAUUGAACUAAAUGAGUUAGAUCCUGUACUGAAAGAUCUUCUUCCAAGAACAGAUGCACGAUUCAGGCCAGAUCAAAGGCAUUUAGAAGAAGGGAAUUUAGAAGCAGCAGCAGCAGAAAAGCAAAGAAUAGAGGAACUCCAGAGAAGUCGAAGACGCUACUUAGAAGAAAACAAUAUGGAACAUGUACCAAAAUUUUUUAAAAAGGUUAUCGAUGCUAAUCAAAGAGAAGCUUGGGUUUCUAAUGAUAUGUAUUGGGAACUGCGAAAGGAUCCUGGCUUUAGUAAAGUAGAAACCCUCAAACUCUGAUUGGAAAAUUGAGUUCUUCUCUACCCUGAGCUUCUUCCCUCUCCUGCAAGCUUCAGGAAAAUCUCAAGAAGACAUAGUCUGUAUAAUUUGCUUUCUUGUUAAAAUGCUUUUUAAUUUCCUGGAGGCAUUGGACUGAGCUGUGUCACAAGCACGUACAAAUGGAGCCCUGUGUUUGCGCCUGCUUUUCAAUAGACUUCUCGCUUCCACAUGAAAGGUUUGAGCAUUUCCUUCCAUCCCUCCCUCUCUUCUGUUAGUGAUGCCACCAUUAAUCUGGAAAUGAUCACAUUUCAAUGGCCGAUGUUUGGAGGCGGGAUCGGCUCUUGAAAGGGUCUAGAACUUCCCCGCUGCCACCUAGUGCUGCUACUCAUUUGAUCCAGGUCUGGUAGAACAGAAGGGUACAGAAAGAUCCAAACCUUGGGAGCCUUAGCACACCAUCACCAUCUUGGCACACCACCACUCACCAGGCUGGUGAGUUGAGAUGAAAACUACUCUAGUAAAGGUUUUUUUAGGUCUUUCAUAACCAUUCCUUAUGAGAAGCAGAGCUCUAUAAUGUAUAUUUUCACAAAAAGUGGCUGUGGGUGCAGAAAACCCCUUUUUGAAUUAUACUCAGUGCUAUGUAUGGGUGAUGAGUGAAUAAAGACUACAUUCUUGGACUACUAAUCUGUAAUUUCAGCUAAUAAUUUUCAUCUUGGCCACCAUUGUGUUUCUGAACCCCUUCAUGCUUUUGUUGGACAAGAAUUGUGCCAGACUGAAAAGAUACAUUUAUCGCUAUAGCGGGAGACUAUGUGGUUGCAAUCAACAGCUGUUAAAAGGAAGCAUUUUCUGAUUAACUUCAGUGGGAGGGAGGUUAAUUGUACCCUUAUUCUUUGUUCCUACUAGAUUGCUACUAAUCUGCUUCCCUACAAAAUAACUUUCACAGACAAUGUUAUGGUUGCUUAGCCUAUGAACCAGGACAUUUUUGUGGAGAAAGAUAUCAAUAAUAUGCCUUAAGAAAAGUAUGAUUUGAUUUUGAAUUUUUUAUUCUAAUUUUUUUUUAAGCCAGUAUAUUAAAUUAUGUGCUACAUAUUUUGCUGUGUUUUAUUUUGGUUUUAGCAGAAAACUUAUAGCUGAAGAGUCUUGAUGAACUCUACAUUGUCUUAAAGAGCAUGAGCACAAUUCAGUAAAUGUUCAUUUGAAAUUCUGACAAACACUGCAAACAGUAGAAUGGAACAUGAGCCAUGUCUAACUUGAGUACCUUUGAGGGACAAAGAGGACUGGCUUGAACAAUACUUCAUUGACUACACACAAUAAGGAGAUUUAUGCAUUAUAAGUGCAGAUAUCCUCCCCCUUCAGUGCACAGGAUGAUUUGCCCUAAUCCUUUGAGGGGGCAGUUUGUCCAAACUACACAUGGCCCAAAUACGUGGCACAUGUGCAUUUUUACAGCAUGUGUUUGGCUGGCUUCCCCUGAACCAGCCCUGUGUUGAUCAUGAUUACAUUUCACUAGAUUGUGCCCUAUAACCAUAAUUGAAAGAAGUGGUAUUCAAAGUGGAAGAGGAUGCAUGUGCUCUGCUUGUUUCAAUGCCAAAGAAAUAAACCACUGUUUGUGGUUUGAAAAGUGUGUGUGUCUCUUUGCAUUGGUGGGAACAGCUGCAACAAGAACAAAAUGUGUAAUUCCAGCUAAACAUGGUUCUUUUCUACAUGUGCACAUCACUUUCUGGAUCAUGGUCUAUGUGUGUUGUGCUACGAAACAGCAGAACUGCCUCUUCAGUUGAAUGUUGUACAUAGGAAUGUUCCAUUUGUUGUUUUUAAAGCCUCAAUAAAUUCACACAGCAAUGA